AUGUCGUGGCAGCCACCAAAGAACUUUGAAACCCGACCCGUAGCCAUCCUCGGGGCGGGCGUCCUUGGACGUCGUAUUGCAUGCACCUGGGCAUCUGCCGGAUACAACGUCAACGUCCGCGAUCCGAGUGACGAGCAGCGAUCGCAAUGUUUGCAGUAUGUCGAUCAAGAGUUAGACAUAUACCUCCAACGAACCUCGGCAAACAAAGGCACCGUCCGGGUAUUCGAGAACCUAGAACCCGCCCUUGAGAAUGCCUGGCUUGUUAUCGAAGCUAUACCUGAGAAAAUCGAACUCAAGAUUGCUACCUUUUCAACGCUGGACACCAUCGCCCCGCAAGAUUGCAUUCUUUGCACCAACUCGUCCUCAUACAAGUCAUCCGAGAUGAUUUCCAAAGUCUCCGAACCGACAAAGCGACGCAUCCUUAACAUGCACUACUACAUGCCUCCGGCCUGCAUGGUUGUGGAACUCAUGACGGAUGGAGUCACGGACGAAGCCAUUUUUCCCUUCUUGUCAGCGAGGCUCAGAGAGACUGCGGCUUCGCCAUACACCGCCCGGAAAGAGAGCACCGGCUUCAUAUUCAACAGACUUUGGGCGGCUAUCAAGCGUGAGAUUUUGACCAUCCUGUCCGAGGGUGUGUCUGUUCCCGAGGAGAUCGACAGCAUCUGGGGGGAGCUAUUCAAUGGAGACACGGCCCCGUGCAAGCUUAUGGACGAUGUUGGCUUGGAUACUGUGACGUUUAUUGAAAGUCAUUAUAUCGCAGAACGCGGUUUGAGCUCGAAGACUGUCGACUAUCUCAAGAGCACCUAUCUCGAUCAUGGCAAGCUGGGUUCCAAGUCCCCCAAUGGAGGCCUGUACCCGCCCAAAAUCGAGGCGGAAGCCCACAAUGGUGUGACCUCGCCUGGUUCAACUUUGCUUGUCCUCGACGUCGGGCUAUCAGCAGCAGAGCCAAGCACGACAUCAGGAGAGAUCCUGCAACUCGACAGCAACGGUCAAAACGCCAAGGCAAUUCUCUCAGGGCAGUCGUUGCCGGAUGGCAUCGAUGUCGAUGACUCGACUGGACGUAUCUUCUGGACCACCAUGGGCAAGCCAGGUGCCCAAGAUGGAGCAGUUUACUCUGCGAACAAGGACGGAACCGACAUCCGCACGCUCAUUGCCCCAGGUGCCGUCAACACCCCCAAGCAGCUUUGUUGUGACAAGCAAAACAAGAAACUCUACUUCUCGGACCGCGAGGGUUGUGCAGUCUAUCGAUGCAACUACGAUGGCUCUGCUUUGGAAACCCUAGUGGAUAACGGGAAGUCUUCUUCAGAGGAGGGCAAGCAAGCCGAUGUGCUAGACUGGUGCGUGGGAAUUGCUGUCUCCCCCUCACGCGGCAAGUUCUACUGGACACAAAAAGGCCCCUCCAAGGGAGGCAAAGGUCGCAUCUUCUGUGCCGAGAUGGAUAACCCAGGGAAUGUUGCCUGCAUCAUGACCGGACUACCAGAGCCGAUCGACUUGGAAAUCGAUGAGGCCGGUGGUAAAUUGUACUGGACGGACCGAGGAGAGAUUCCAUCCGGCAAUGCCUUGUUCAUGAUUCCCCUUGAUGACACAGGACUUCCUGUUCCUAUGGAUACGACAUCAUCGAUCAAACCCCAAGUGCUCACAAAGAACUUCAAUGAAGCGAUUGGGUUGAAGCUCGAUGCGAAGAACAACCGCAUUUUCGUGACUGACUUGGGUGGGAGAAUUUAUUCUUGCGAUAUCCAGACGGGGAAGAAAAGGGUGAUUUAUGCCGACGAUGAUCGUGCGUUUACAGGCAUUGUGGUGAUGUGA